AUGCAGUCCUCCGGCUGGGCGGCAGCUAGGGAGGCGGCCGGCCGCGACGUGCUGGCCGCCGACCUCCGGUGCAGCCUCUUCGCCUCGGCCCUGCAGAGCUACAAGCGCGACUCGGUGCUGCGGCCCUUCCCCGCCUCUUAUGCCCGCCACGACUGCAAGGACUUUGAGGCGCUGCUUGCAGAUGCCAGCACAUUACCCAACCUGAACGAACUUCUCCAGUCUUCCGGAGACAAAGACAAACGGGCCCGGGACCUGGUGAGCUGGAUCUUAUCUUCAAAGGUCCUGACAAUCCACAGCGCAGGGAAGGCAGAGUUUGAAAAGAUCCAGAAGCUGACAGGUGCCUCUCACACGCCUGUCCCCACACCAGACUUCCUGUUUGAGAUUGAGUAUUCCGACCCAGCCAACGCCAAAUUUUCUGAGACCAAAGGAGAACGAGACCUAAUCUAUGCCUUCCACGGGAGCCGCCUGGAAAACUUCCAUUCCAUCAUCCACAAUGGCCUGCACUGCCACCUGAACAAGACAUCCUUGUUCGGGGAGGGAACCUACCUCACCAGUGACUUGAGCCUGGCCCUCAUUUAUAGCCCCCACGGCCACGGGUGGCAGCGCAGCCUCCUUGGACCCCUCCUCAGCUGUGUGGCCGUGUGUGAGGUCAUCGAUCACCCGGAUGUCAAGUGCCAAACCAAGAAGAAAGAUUCCAAGGAGAUAGAUCGCAGAAGAGCGAGAAUCAAACAUAGUGAAGGGGGCGACGUCCCUCCAAAGUACUUUGUGGUCACCAACAACCAGCUCCUGCGAGUGAAGUACCUGCUGGUGUACUCGCAGAAGCCGCCCAAGAGGGCUUCCAGCCAGCUCUCCUGGUUUUCCAGCCAUUGGUUUAUGGUCAUGAUCUCCCUGUAUCUGCUGCUGCUCCUCAUAGUGAGUGCCGUCAACUCCUCUGCUUUCCAGCACUUUUGGAAUCGUGCAAAGAGAUAAUCUUUCUGGGCCUUGUGUGGGAGCCACACGUGCCUUAUGAUAGAUACCUUGUUCUGUAUCCCUACCCCUUGCAUCCAGCCAGUCUGAGCCUGGAGGCCAGUUGGGGACCACGGGACAAUUUUUGUAUGCCAUAAAUGUAUCCAUUGCCUUUGAUGAUGCUCCCAGCCACACUGGUCCCUCAUGCUUAGGUUUCGGGGGAGGUCUCCAAUCUGCUCCUUCCCAAUCCAUCCUAGGGAGGUGGCUUUCCAGCCAGGGCGAAGGGAAGGUCCUGCUGCGUUUAAAAACAGAGUGUCCAAGCUGUCAGGGGUGUGUUUACAAUGCAGAGGUCAGCCCUUCCCCUAAUGCCUUCUGGAAGGUGGAAAAUUUGUAGUGGGGACUGUAAAUCACGAAGCGGUUGCCUUGUUUUGACUUGAGAUGCCCAAGAGAACAGUCAUGUUUCUCAAAUAAAAAUCAAUGGGGUCUUUUCUGAAUUCCAUCAGCCUCUGAAUGUGAGUGCAAAACAUCUCAACAGUUUUCUCAAAUCAACAGAAACAACCUGCUACAGUUGUGCCCCCAACCCCAAACCGUGGAUGAGAAAGGAAGGAGCCAGAGGCCUAAUAAAAAACACAAACGUAACAAUGAGCAACUCACCGCGUCUUUUUCUACAGAUUACCAACUGCUGAUAACAGCUGAAAUGGAACCAAAUGUUUAUUUUCUAAUUUUUUUUGGGGAAGCUAUUCAACAAACUAGGCUUUGUGAACUAAGGAA